AGCCGUGAAUAGUAGGGCUUAAUUCUCUUAACUUUUACCAUUCAUUCUCUAUGGUAAGUCUUAAACUACGGCUGUCAUAUAUUUGUGGCCACAAGCUGGAUUUCGGGGGCGCUGUUUCCCCCUGUGGAUAGAGUUAAGGAGAGACUCUUUUUUUUCUUCUUUUUCCUUGUUUCCUCACAGUGACAGACGUCGCAUCAUAGACACAGAUAAAGUGCACGGAGUUUUUGUCGAUAUACGGUGUUUUUUCAACUGUUCUGUCGUCUUACAAGCUGUCAACUUAUCAAACGAGAUAAUGAAGAAGACAACCAACUUCUUUCCCGGAAAGACUAUGGUGUCUUUCAGGAAGGGUCCAUCAGGUCAUCUGCGGCAGGAUCCCUCUGACGAGGCCAUGCGGAUCAAAAAGAACCCUUCUCUUCAGGACAAGUCUCCCCCUCAGAGACAUGACCUUGUGAAGACCAAUGCUCUCACUGUGGUCUUUGAGCGGGGAGGGGAUGUGUCUGACCGACUGGAGGUGAUGGGGGAGUAUGUGCUGCAGUUUGGCAAGUACAAGGGUAAAUUGUUUAGGUGGCUCCUGGAAAAUGAUGUUGGCUACACCAUCUACCUGAUGAAAAAGGUAGAGGAGGAGGAGAGAGAUGGGACCUUCAACCCUCAGGGACACAACAAGGACAGCCUGCUGUCAUUUCUGGACUAUGCCAGGAGCUUCCAGUUAAUUAGGGACCUCAGGGAGUAUCUAGCUUCCAGGCUGCCUGCGCCACCAGUGGCAUCAGAGGGUGACAAUACUGUCGGCUUUGGAGCCAGGGCAAAGGACACCUGGAGGCAGAUCUGGGAGAGCAGGGCAGACGGAUAUGCUGCCUUCAUCGUAGGAGUAAAGUGCAUCAAAAACAGCAAGAUGUACAACCUGCAGCAGUACAUCCUCAAGCAGCAGAGGGCUGAGUCUGGGGAGUCCUGUCCACCACCUGCAGGAGUCUCCACUACAUCAGCUGCCCCUACACCGCCUACAUCUAGCAUUCUAGCGAUGGAGGAAGACGAGGAGUUGGAGAGGGGGAUGCUGAAUCUGUCUCCCUGUAAAUUUGCCACUGAACUAAGACCAGCAGCAGUCUCCAGAGCCCGGCUGUGUCUCCACCAACAGGUUUUUCUCCAUCGCCACGACAAAGGCCCCGCUGCGGUCCCUCCUCAGCUGCUCGCCCUCGCCCCACAGCUUGGGGUAGAAGAACAGGCGCCUAAUGUGUUGAAACAAAAGCCUGGGAUAACAUCAGCUCCAUUUCUUCCUGAAGAGUUACCAUCAGUGGAAGCACAGAGAGACACUGUCCCUGAUGAAGCUCUGCCAAGUCCAGCACCAUCUGUCCCUUUAGAUGUCCCACACCAGCCUGCAGCCUCUGUCCCUGGCUAUGCUCAGGAUGUAGCGCAGUGGAACUGCUCCCACCAGCAGAAAAUUUGGAUGAAGACUGAGCUGGAGGCGUUGGGGCUGUGGCCGGGGUCACGUCCUGUUCGUCAUCCUAUGAACAUGCUGUCCUUGUGGCGUAAUCCACCUCAGCCUGAGCUCAUAGACUCAAUCUCUGAGCUGCCAUCACCUAAAUACUGUCAGCUUCAUCCUUUUUUCAUUUGGAAGCCGGAGCACACAAUCAUGGAGAGGGUAAGGAACAAUUACAUCUUGCCCUGCCUUCAUGAUUGUCCCAACCCUCAGGUAGCUUCUUCUGGCGUUGGAAGGCCAAGAGUUAUAAUUGGCACCAGCGGCCAGUACUAUAUUUUAGCCUCACGGCUCACCUGCAAGGCCUGUAGGACGUACUGGCAUGCUGACAAGCCCCAGUGGCUGGAGAAGCUACCAGAGCGCUUCAGCAACAUUGUUCCGGCUUUCCUAACUCACAAAAAGGCCAUCUGCAAAUCAGUAAUGGAUGAGAUGAGGCGCAGCGGCAGAUCACCGGAGGACAUGGCUAAGCAGCUGACGGAGGCACUCCACCUUAAAUAUGAGAAAGCCCACCUGGCCUACCUGCUCAGUGUGCAGAACGUCAGGGAUGCUGAGGCAGGAGUUUACAGCCAGCGAACCAUCACUGGGCUUCUCAGACAGGCAGACACUCCGGCUCCAUUCGGUGGCUACUCCGAUGCUGACGGCUGGUGUGGAGUGUCUAUUUCUUCUCACUACCUGGUCGACUGCCUGGUCCGUGAGUUUCAACGGCAGGAGCAGCUCCUCACUCUGUUGCUACAGGGGACCUUUGGACAAGUACUCAGGUCAGAUCACACACGCAAAGUGGCUAGGAAGGUGGUGCUGUCAUCCGGCACAAUGUCUUCCUAUGCCAUAAUGAAUGAGAACUGGAUGAUCUUGAGCUGGGUGAUGCUGCAGUCGGAGUGCGAUCGGUCCCUCUAUCCUCUGUAUGAGGGGCUGUCUCGGCGCUACACUGCAGCUGGAGUGAGGAAGGCAAGCUACCAGUGGGUUGACAGGGACUGCUGUGCUGCCUUCAAGGUCCUGGACCCUGGUCAUCAGGAGCAGCUGCUGUGGGACUGCUGGAGGACAUCAGAGGCCACCGUGGCGAAGGCGACCUCUGGCAACCUCGCCAACAACAGUGCCUCGAGGAGCAAGUUUAACAAAGACAUUGUCAUCAAGUUAGACUUGUUUCACUGCAUGAGGCGCUUUACCAGGGAGUGUGUGUCUGAACAUCACCCUCUGUUCAGCUCCUUCUGCCAGUUCCUCUCUGCAGCAUUUGUUGUGGUGGACCAGAGGGAUCUGCAAAGGCUCACAGAGGCAUACACCUUCUGUGGAAUCUCUCCUGCAAAUCCGACAAAGCAGCACAUAAGAGAGCACUGCAGGACAAAGGUGCCACAGCCGAGGGAGCUGCUGCAGAGGGUUGAAGAUGUGUUGCACCACUUCUACCUGGCAAAGGACGCCAAUGAUGUGCCCCUGUUUAUGGCCUCCAUGCUGAAGUUGUGGAGGAUCCAACGCGUCCACAUCCUGAGAGGCUGCCUGAGCGACCCUGACGUCGGGGAGGGAAUUCUCUACAGGUAUGGUGGUACCUUGCAGCUCAACUACAACAAGGGUGCAGGAGCCGCUGUACCUGUUUGGAUUCCAGUGAGAGGCACCUCUCAGCAGGAGGGCUUCCACUUUCACCAAGCCCAGUGGGUGACAGGCAACCGGGUGUCCUGUGAACUUUUCCAGGCCCAGGCAAUGACUGGAGUGGUGCGGUGGAACUUCCAGAGGCUGGUGGACCUGAAACAGCCUGGUGUGGAGCUGCCAGCUGUGUUCGACCCCCUGUUAAUUUCAGGACUGAACACAGCCUCUGUCAAGGUGACAGGCCAAGCAAAAUAUCCCAGGCUGCAAAAUACAAACAGGGACACAGGGGAGAGAUUUGGACUGCAGUUUGUGGAGCCAGGUUGUCGUCCUGUUGUGUUGAACUGGGACAAGCACAAGGUACAGCCCAACAUCCCAGCUGCUGUAGCCAUGGAGACAGAGGAUCACUGCCCUGCUGCUGUGGUGGACACAGACUCUCAGGAGACCAGUGAUGAGCCAGUUGGAGCGGUGCCCAUCCUAUCUUUCCAGCAGGGCUCUGAAACCCUUUCCCAAUCCCAGCAGUCCCAGCAAUCCCAGCAGUCCCAGCAAUCCCAGCAGUCCCAGCAAUCCCAGCAGUCCCAGCAAUCCCAGCAGUCCCAGCAAUCCCAGCAGUCCCAGCAGUCCCAGCCACCCUUGAUACCAGCUGCGGCCAGAGCCAAAUCAGAGACUCAGUCUUUGAUGGAUACAGGGGUAGCACCGCUGCCUGUUUCCUCCUCUCCCCGGGCCGCCCGCACUGGACCAAUCAAGACGGGAGGCCUUGUUCAAGUCUUGGACCACAGCCGGUAGACAGAAUCCAUGAGAGCUGCCAUCGACGGGCUUCUGGUUAAGCACCAUGGGUCAAAAGACUUUCUGAAGCGGGUGGACGCAGACUAUGCUGCCAUGGUCCAGAGGGCGUGCACUGACCCCAACAGCCUCCUUCAUCCAACCACAUGCCAACAUAUCUCCAGAUAUGUAAAGCAUCUGGCCAAAUUAAAAAACACCAGCUCCUCCCUCAAUACCAGCCCAGAGAAAGUUUUGGAGACACAGCAGCUGUGGCACAGUUUGACUACAGGCAGUCAAACGACCAGCGUGCCUGUCGUAACUCUACCUCCUGCUACUUUCAACCCUUCACCUGCUGCUCCACCCCAGGAGGAGUCCCUGAGCCGGGCUACAGUGGAGCGGAUUGUAGCAGAGUUAAUGCAAAAACAACAACAACAUCAGCAGCCGCAGCAGCAGCAGCAAAAAAAAGACCAGGAACUGUGUAGCCUGUGGUCAGCCCAAGUCCCGGUAUCUUGGCGAUGGCUCAUCAGUUCAUUUCUUUUAUCAGACACAAACAAUCAAAUACUUUUACUGCUCCACAAAGGUGUUUAAGACAUAUGCAGACGAAGGCCUCACAAACCCUCGGAUGUCUUUUGAGGACUUUGCUGCGUCUCCAUUCUUUGAGCGGGAGCUGGAUGCGCCAGACAGAGGGGGGCUGAGUGGAGGAGGGUGGCAGAGGAGAGGGCAAAGAGGAAGUCAGAAGUGCAGCUUCCAACAGGUCGCCUGUGCAGGUUCUGUCAUCAACCCCUAAAGCAGGGCCCUGACAGCCCUCACGUACAUGACAGCUUCCCCGGGGUACCAGGGAAAUACAUCUACUGCCCCUCCAGAGUGUUCUCCCCCUACAAGGCACAGGGCAUGGGGAAGGAGAUGACCUGGGGGGAGUUCAAACUGUCGGACUUCUAUGAGGCUGAAAGGGACAUAUGGGUGGCAGAGAAAAAAAAAUGAACACUUCAACUUCAAAUAUACCCUCUCUCUCUCUCACACACACACACACACACACA